GUUGAGUAGCAGCGGAACUAAAGGCGGAGUUUGGUUACCAUGGCGCUGAUAUACAAUUCAGACAAGCACUGGGUACCCAUAAAACGAAGCACAAGAAAAUAAAGACGAAACAACGACCGAAAGGCAUAUUUCCAGGUUGGCUUCGGUCAUGAGGGGUUAUCUCAAAACAAUAGGAUGGGUGUUUAAACUCCAGCCGAAAACAACCGUGGGAAGGCAUGAGGAUUCUGACCUCUGUUUGCAGAACGGCGGCGUGGAGGAGCGCCACGCCCUGAUCGAGCUCAACGAGGCGGACCGCUGCUUUGUGCUGCGCGAUCUGAACUCCACCCACGGCACCUUCGUCAACGAGUGCCGCGUCCACAACGCCACGGUGCGCCUGUCGCCGGGAGACGAGCUGCACUUCGGGUUCGGAGGUCCAACGUACCAGCUGGCGGUGGAUAGCGCUUCCCCACGCCUGGCCUGGCAGACCCCGCUCCAGCUGAUCGAGGGCUCCAGUUCGGCUCCUGCCCCCUCCAGCCCUCUGUCCCAGCUCCCCAUCCUGCCUGGCCAGCCCUCCACCCACUCCUCCUGGGUGCAGGGGGGCCCCACUGCCACCCCUCGCCCCCCAAGCCGGGCCCGUGCCACUAGCGCCGGGACCAAGAGACCCGGGCCAGACCAUGGACUCAUAUCGUUCAGGCCCGGAAGCGGGAAUGUGAACGGGAAUUCCGGAACGGUGCACUCCCUUCGGAACGGGGUGACGGGGCAGAGCACUCAAACGCUGAGUCACCUGCUGCAGGAGAAGGAGGAGAGGCUGCUCCGGCUGGGGGACGAGCUGAGCCGCCUGGCGGUGUUCGAGGGCGAGUCCUGGCGCAAGGACGGCGUGAUCUCGGGGCUUCGGGACGAGGUCUCCGCCCUCCGGCACCAGCUGACCCAGAGCCAGGCCGGCCCGGAGGUCCGGAGCAGGCUGCGGGACCUGGAGAGGGACAUCGCCGACAAGAGGGACCAGAUCGAGCUGCUGAAGAAGCAGAUGCUGGAGCUGCAGCGUGGCUCCAGUGAGGUGUUCUCACAUUCGCUGUCUGAGAGGGACCUGAAGAUCACCAACCUCAGGAACCAGGUGGAGAAGCUGAAGAAGGACAACGGUCUGUCCUCAGGUCUGGUGACCAGCCUCCAGAGGGACCUCUCCUCCCGGGAGAAGCAGUCCCAGAAGCUGGCGGGCGAGGUGGACAGGCUGAGGCAGGACAUUCGGCACAAAGACGCACAGCUGGGGUCCUUAUCCGCCAAGUUCUCCAAGGCGAAGGAGCAUCAGAGCCACCAGGAGGAGCUGCUGGCGCGAGACAACGAGGCUGCCGCUCUCAGGAAGCGGGUGGAGAAGCUGGAGCAGGCUCUGACAGAGAGGAGGACAGAGCUGCAGCGUUUGACCACAGAGCGUGACUCCCUGAAGACCAAACUAGAGGGGGAGCAGCAGCGGUGGGCGUCGGUACAGGCCGGGGCGGAGACGGGCAGGCAGCAGCUGCAGGAGUCGCGGCAGCGGGAGCAGAGGAGCAGGGUGGAGCUGGAGCGCAUGCAGGCGCGGCUGGAGCGCCUCCGCAGUAAGAUCAUCCAGAGCGCCUACUCCGCCCCUGGAGUCUCCACCCCGCAGGACGCACUGUCCGACCAGCAGGUGAUAGAGCAGAUUGCAGAGCUGGCGGAGGAGAAGGAGGCGCUGGAGGCCCGGCUCCAGGAGCUGGAGGAGCAGCAGAAGGAGGUCUGCGAGGAGCGGGAGGAGCUGAGGGCCCGGGUGCAGGAGCUGCAGGAGCGGGCCGCGGCACACGGAGAGGAGUGGGACAGGACCGUGGAGGAGGCGCAGGAGUUUCGGAGAGCCCUGGAGGAGUGUCAGUCUCGCCUGCAGGAGGCGCUCUCUGUGCCUGGCCUGCAGAGGGAGAUCUGCGCCCUGCGGGAGCAGUCUGUGCCUGAGUCACUGAUCUGGGUCCACUCUGCGGUCCUCUCCACCAUGGCCUCACAGCUCUCCCAGCUACAGGAAGUGGGCCUCGCCCUGCAGGAUGCUGGGAUAGAGGAGUGUGACUCUGCGGACGCUGCCCCUGCUGCUGUCAGAGCCCUGUGGCUCCAGACUCAGGAGAGAGAGGCUGAGCUUCGAGCCCUGCAGGGCAGAGGGGGGUGUGACUAUGCCCAGGUGGAGCUGCAGGAGGUGUGUGGAGCUCGGGACGCCCAGGUGCAGAGCCAGGAGGAGCAGGCCAGGGUGCUGCAGGAGGAGCUGAGCUCCCUGAGAGAGGAGCUGGAGCAGGCGAGACAGUGGGCACAGCAGGCCCAGAGCGAGGAAGAGGAGGGACUGAAGCUCCAGAUGGCGGAGAUGAAGAAGCAGCUGGAGUCAAUCCGAGGCAUGGAGACCUCCCUGCAUGAGGAGGCGCAGGCGCGGGAGGCGGGGCUCCAGUCCAUGGUGGAGGAGGCGGAGCGGCGCGGGGCGGAGCGGGAGAGGGAGUGCUCCCGCGCGCUGGAGGCGGAGUACCGGGAGCAGGUCCGUCAGCACGCCCACACCAUCGUGGACCUGGACCAGAGGCUGAGCCGGGCCAGCCAGAACCUCCGAGACGCCGAGGAGGAGAGGGACUCACUGAGGGAGCGGCUGAGAGACGUGGAGAGCACCCCGGCUACCCCCAGCCCUGUGCCCAGCCCAGCCCCCCCUACCCCAGGCAGAGCUCCGGAGGUGCUGGCCCUGGAGGAGAACGUUACCACGCUCAGGGCGGCUCUGGCCGAGGCUCGUCAGGAGGUGGUUGCCCAGGGCGACGUCAUCGCCGCGCUGAGUCGUGACCUAGCAGCAGCCAACGCCAGGAUGUCGGAUAUGACAGGGGAGCUGAGCGAGCAGCGCAAGGUGGAGCUGGAGCAGCACCGGGUCCUGGUGGUGGACCAGCGGGUCAAACUGAGCACGCUCACCGAGAAGCUGGCCCAGAUGUCACAGCUGGUCGACAGGAAAGGGGAGGAGCUUCAGAGGGUGAGGGAGGAGCUACGGCUGUCUCAGGAGCAGCUGCAGAGUCAGGCUCAGUCUGAGAGGGAGAUGAGGGAGAAGAUGGACAGCAGUCUGGCUGUGCUCCAGACCCCAGCUCACACUCAGGACGUGGCGGUCCUGACCUCUGCGGCGGAGCUGGCGGAGCAGGGGUCGAAGUGCAGAGGUCACCGGCACGAGGAGGUGAUCCAGCGGCAGCAGGAGGCGCUGGCCGAGCUGAGGACGAGGGCCAGGACGCUGGAGCAGACCGUGCCCAUGAUGUCCUCCCCGGACCUGUGCAUCCAGCAGGUGGCGCUGAUGAGGAGGGAGCUGAGUGAGCUCCGGGCCCAGAAGGCCGCUCUGUACCGAGGAGGCGCUGACUCUAUGACUCUCCCUGGAAGUGUGUCCGAGGAGAUGGUGGAGCGCAUAGCCAGGCUGGACCUCUCCGACACCCUGGACCUCAGCGAGCAGACGUACCUGGAGCUGGCCCGGGCCCUGGGCGACGUUCUGGAGCUGAGUGACGGGCAGCUCUCCGGCAGCGCCUCCCUGAAGCACCUCCCCCCGCAGGAGCGGGAGAGGCUGGGCUCCCUCAGACAGAGAGACCUGGAGCUGCUCCGCACCCGGCUGAGCCUCCUGCAGAGCCAGGGCCAGCGCCGGGAGGAGCUGCUGCAGGAGUACCACAGAGACAUGGGCUCCCUGAGGGAGAGCCAGGCGACCGGGCAGCGGCUGCAGGUGCGGCUGGACAGCCUGAGGGCAGAGCUGCAGACGGAGAGCCAGGAAAGCUCCCUGCUUCGCGAGGCCCUCCAGCGCGCGCAGGCCCGUCUGGAGGAGGAGAUCGGCCUGAACCGCGCCCUCAAGGAGCGCAAGGGCCUGAGCGUGGAGGGCCAGGAGAAGAGGAAUUCGAGGACCCCCUCCCACAGCUGCGUACAGGAGGACGUCAGGGACAAGGCUGCCUCCAGGAAGUCCAGCCUGCAGGAGAAGCUGAAGAAGAGGGAGUAUGAGAUCGAGGUCCUGAAGAAGCAGCUGAGGAACAGCGCCCCCUGCAGGCCGGGCAGUGCACCGCGGGCCGCGUUCGCACCAGAGGCCCACUGA